GUCAAAAGAGUAGCCAUUUUAGAAAAUCAAAACAGUGAAAAUUCUGUGCGAGCGCGUGAAAGCGCAAAAUUCGGUGUACAGUCGGUGAUGAGUGCGUUAGAAAUGUUUUGAACGGACUGGGAAGUGUGUGCCGUGCAAGUCAAAAUGUGGCUGCGAAGCGAAACUAGGGAUCGACGGCUGCGCUCAAGUAGUACGCGAAACGCGGUCAAGUUUAAAUCAUCACUCAAGGUGGCUAGCCAAAAGGCAAAGAAGAGUCCUUCGUCCGCCGAACUCGUCCAGGUGUCCUCGUCCCGGCGCACCGUUUCAUCCUCCGUGUCGAAAUGCCGAUCGGACGUAUCGACGACGGUUGCCGAACCUUCGUCCACCGUGGUGUCGUCCAGGUGCAAAACCACUGCUGCAUCGCCCAUUACACCAUCACGAUCGAUCGGCUCUAGGCGGACGGUGGCGGUGGCGUCGGGGGCGCCGGGGGCCGGUAAGGUAACGGCAAGAAACCAUCGCCCAACUGCUGGCGGUGACGAUGGUAAAGCAGACAGCCGCGACGCUGGUACGAUUCCGGACGAUUGCAAGGAGAACUGUUGGCAGGAUAAUAACGAUCUCACCCUGUUCGAUGGUGCCACCGUCAUCGAUCAGAAGCACUUUGAAGAUUCACCCACACACUCCAGCUGCCCUGUGCAGCACCAUCUGCCGGGAGAGAAUGUUUCAUCGAACAAUGGGCCAGAGCAUACCGACACGGGAGGCAUGAACUAUUCCACCGACCCUACCGCAUGUGGAUUAUACUCGAAGAAAGUUACCGACGAUCUGGGAUCGGCCGAAGAUGCGCUUAACCAGUUCGGUAUAAUUUCGUACGAUUCCAACAAAAACACACUGUUGGGCCAUCCGAUCGUGUUGCCAGUACCGAUGAUCGGUACUACUUCGCUGGCGAGCAGCAGUAGUAGUAGUAUGGCCGGUGCUGCCGCAUCAUCAUCCCCAUCGCAGGAAGAGCUGCAGCCGCUCAACUCCAAAUGCGUCACCGAGUGCGACAGUACAACGGCGGACCUUGGCAGCGACGUGUCGGGCGGAUGUAUUAGUAGCGUUAAAGAUGUAGUUAACAGCAGUUGCUGCGUGGAGGAGGAGGAUACAAUCCUGCUGCCAUCCACAUCAUCGGAGGAAAGCUUUCCAAAGUCAAGUGCAAUCAUAUCGUCUCAAUCGCUAGAUAUCGUUGUGCCGGAGGUCGACUCAACCACGGACACCGUACCUCCGGAUACGUCUUCUGUUAAUCUUAUUGCCGGCGAUAUGAUCGCCUCUUUCCCGCUAACCACUUCUUCCAUCGGAAUGGCUGGUGGAGCGUCGAUGUCGUCGUCGUCAUCCUCGUCCUCGUCGUCUUCAUCGUCGUCAUCGUCCUCGUCGACAUCCUCCACCUCCUCCUCGUCAUCGUCGUCCUCGUGCAAUACAUCACUGGGCGCGGCGUCCGUAUCGGCGGUGUCGCUGGCAGCUUCCUCACUGUCAUCCAAUUUCCAACCCAUCGCGUACAGCAACUGUUCGUCGCUAUCUACCGCCACUACCGGAUACGAAGAGCAGCAACCCCAAUCGAGCUAUUCGCCGAGCCAGACGGCGGCGGCGGCGGCGGCCGUUGCGGUUGCGUCCGAUUUGAUUUCCAUGUUCGACGAGGAACACUACAAAAAUGCCACCGAUCUCGGCCAGUACGCGGACUUUACGUACAACGCGCUGCUCACCCAAGCGCUGCUCAGCUGCGGCGAUGCUGCUGCUGCGGCCGGGCUGAAUUUGAGCUGCGGUCAAACGAGCGCCGACAGUUUGAACGAUUCCGCCUUCUUUUCGUCGCUGAAUACAACGGCCAUCGAAAACCUGAAAGCGCUAACGUCCCUUUCGGGCAUGGGCCAUAACGUGGACGGGAUGGUGCUGGAUGAGAGUGCAAAUCUGGCGGCGACCGUUGGCACGGCAGGAUACAUGACCGAGUAUGGUGGUAUGCAUCAGGAGCAGCAGCAACAGCAGCAUCACAUGCAGCAUCAGCGCGCAAUGCACGGAACGGACCAGGAAACGCUGAUCCACAAUAUCGAGUGCAAUGAAUCGAUUCCGAUGUGCGGUGAUGAUACCGAGGCAGCUAUGCAGCUUGAAAAUAACGAAUGCAUAGAAAUGGACGAAUCGAACGACGGUCAGCACGACGAUGCGGCUUACCGGGCCUUUGAUCCUUACCUGUUCAUCAAGCAGCUACCACCACUGACGUGCGAAAUGCGUUCCAAGUGUCCUGCGUUGCCCCUCAAGACGCGGUCCAGCCCCGAGUUCAGUUUGGUGCUCGAUCUCGAUGAAACAUUGGUUCACUGCAGUCUGAUGGAGCUGUCCGACGCGAGCUUCAAGUUUCCGGUGCUAUUCCAGGAGUGCAAGUACACGGUGUUUGUCCGCACCCGACCCUACUUUCGCGAGUUUCUCGAGAAGGUGUCGCAGAUGUUCGAGGUGAUACUCUUCACUGCCUCGAAGCGGGUCUACGCCGACAAGCUGCUCAAUCUGCUAGAUCCCGACCGCCGUCUCAUUAAAUAUCGUUUGUUCCGCGAGCAUUGUGUGCUAGUCAACGGAAAUUACAUUAAAGAUUUGACUAUACUGGGCAGAGAUCUCUCCAAAACCAUUAUCAUAGAUAAUUCGCCCCAAGCAUUUGGCUAUCAACUAGAGAACGGUAUCCCGAUCGAGAGUUGGUUCGUCGAUCAAAGUGAUUCGGAGCUGAUGAAGAUUUUACCGUUCCUGGAACGCCUAGUUGAAAUGCGCGAAGAUGUUCGUCCUCACAUUCGUGAAAAGUUUCGACUGUUUUCGUUUUUACCACCCGACUAAGGACCUGCUUUCACGACCCCGGUCAUACCUGUUGACGACGGGAAGUUAGUAGUAAAUCUCACACCUUCAUCGUAUAUAGUGCAGCUCGUUUGUAUGCAACCUGUGUUUUAUGUGAGCAUUUUUUUUGUUUUCUUCUCCUAAAACGAUCGUCACCUGUCACCGAUGAUGUGCGCAGUAUAUGAUUGAAACGAUUACUCAAGUAAUAUUUAAUACGUACGACGCGCGUUUAGUUGACAGUGGGUAAAUCUCUUUGCGUAAGCAUACACAAGAUAAAAUCCAAUCGUGGUGUAAAGUUAUAGACGUACGAAUGAACUCGUGGCAGGGGCACUCGGUGUGCGUGUGUGUGUGUUAUUUGAAUAUACAUUCAUGUUUAUGCAAACAAAAAAGUAGUAUGACCGAGAUAUACGAUAAGAUGAAACCAUUGUGCACAAGGCGUGUAUAGUUUAAAUGACAAAUUUACUUAAGCAAAGCUAAAACUAUAAGCUAAAACACACACACACACACACGAACUCAUCCAUUAUAAAUCCAUCAACCACCAGCUACCACACAUACUCGAAAAGGGAGCGGGAGCAGGCUAGAAAAUUCGAUUUAAAAAUUAGUAAUGGUGUAGCAAUAUGUCAGUAAUGACUCUUAGAAGCUUAGCGUAAAAGAAAAACACACACACACAGUCCAUUUCUUGGCGCCGUGCUCAAGGGUCGGAUUGAUGCAUGCCACGUGCAUACUUCCCUUGUGUGUGGUCAUGAUCAUUUUGCUUUUGCUGAUGAGUUAAUUAAUCCCGGUACCGAUGAAAUGUUCAGUACGCUGGGGUACAACGUACGCCAGGCAAUGACGACGAUAAAUGCUACAGUAACGAUCAAAUCAAACAAACCCCCAACACGACGAAUGCCAUAGUGAAAACGGAGAACAAAUUACGGAAAUGUUAGUAUCAGAUGCAUUACCGCUUACACUCGUGCGGCGGAAGUCGUGGACAGCACAUGAAUUUACAAUACAUAUAUCUCAAUACAACACAGUUUAAAUUCACUUAGUCUAAAUGUAACAUGAUGAAACGUAAUAUUUAAACAGCGAGAUUGCCCCAGAGAAGCGAGCGAGUGCUUUAGUUAUAUGAUGGAAUUCCUGGUUAAAUUUGAUCACACACACACACUCACACACAAAUACGUAGUAGAAAGCAAGAAACGUAGACAGUUAAUAUUAUGAUUAGUACGAUCAACGAUUAACGAAUGAUCAAAAUCCAACAUUGUUACAUGAAAAUGUUCUCUUCCGUUUUCUUUUUGAAAUAUUGUAACCUAGCUUGUAACAUGAUACGUAUAUAUAUAUUUUUUUAUUUAUUAACCUCCAUGCAAAUGACUUCAGCAAUGUUUGUACAAAAAAAAGCAGCAAUGGGAUUACGAAAAAAUGUUUCCACUUUACGGAGCAUGCAAUUGUUUUUGUUGACGAGAAGUGGUGGUAAUGGGAGAUACAAAGUAAGAGAAACCGAUCAUACUACGGAAUCAAAUGUGUGUAACUUUACUUUAAACUGUUUUCCUCUUCAACACCAGCAGCUAUACAAUCGUGCCACUUUUUGAAAAGGAAAAGGUACAUUGUGACAUUCUUCACGCUAAAGUGUAGACAGGAAAAGCUAAAAAACUUACACCGCUGCGUGUUUCAUCAUUUCGAAAGAGAAAAUGUUACUAAAGGUCUACUACUACGGACGAUGCGGAACAUCUACGCUCCACCGUGGGCCGUUUUAGCGAAAAGGUUGUGAUGCAGCAUUUCAUCAACUGAUGAUGUUCAACUUUUUGAAGCUACUCUGUUGUUUCUUGCAUGUUCCGCUCAUUUGUUUGUUUGAGCGAAAAAUGAACUUUCACCAUGAAAAAGGGGAGGCAAUCUUUCUUCGUUCUUCCGUGUCUCAUAUUUGAUUACCCUUUGUAUUGAUGAGAAUUAUUUCAUAUGUAAUAAAAAUUUAUUUCUCUUAAAAAAA